AUGGGACAGCAUGCGAUGCCGGACUCAUGCUACACUUGUCGCCGCCGGCGCAUCCAAUGCGACCGGUCGCAAAUUCCGUGCGCCAAGUGUCGAAAAAUGGGGCUAGAAUGCUUCGCGACCAGGCCGCCCAGAUGGGUAAAAGGCGUGGCUAUCCGGGGGAAAAUGCGGGGGAUAUCGUUCGAGGAUACCGGAGGUGCAUCCAAAGGAGGAGUGGAGGUGCACAAUAGCACGCCUUCAACAGAAAGCUCAAGAACGAGUCCGUCCGUCGAGCUCAUACGAAAUGGUGAGAUCCUCAAGAAGGAUGCUUCGCCGAGCCUACUACUAGCACCGCGGGACCCUAUCACCUCUCACCUGGACGCAACCUCUAAAUACUACCUAGAUUAUUACAAUGAGCGGAUUUGCAGGCUCUUCAUCGUGUAUGACAGUGAUCGAAACCCCUUUAGAAGCCUCAUCUCUCUGGCGUUAGAUGACCCGAUCCUUCUGAAGGCCUCUUUGGCCCUCGCCGCACGCCAUAGAACCAACGCAGACCGUUCUUUUUACCAGCUCGAUGAACUGGCGCCUUCCUGCCCGGUUGGCUCUCAUCGAGAUGCCCUGCUUUUCAAAUACCAGGCUGUGCAAGGACUGUCACGUGUCUUGAACGAUCCUACGUCGUAUAAGAAGCACACUACGGUGGCUGCCGCUUUUCUCUUGAUAUUUCUGGACCUCCUAGAGUCGGGGAGUGAUAAGUGGAACUUCCACCUCGAGGGGGCCAAGAGCUUGAUCACGCUCGACCGGCCAUCCCCAGAGUCCCAGAUAGGUGUCAAUCAAGGUCCCGCGGAGACUGUCCAGGAAAUUCGGGAUUUCAUCACCAGACAGAUCUACAUGAUUCAAACCCUCGGAGCAACCUUUGUACGACCAGGAUUGCUGUCUCAGUUCGUUUCGCUUGAUCGAUUAGGUCGGCAGCCUUCAGAAAUCGCCGAACAGUCUUUUGUCGGGUGCCCUGAGUUUAUUCUGGAUGCAGUCCAGAACAUUUUAGGCCAGAGAGACGCCGUUUCGGGCUUGGAGCCACUAACGGAAGCCGAAAUUCACCAUCGUAUACAGGGACUCUCGUCUGUGCUCGAGUCCAUCCAAAACUUUGAUUGUUACCUCUGGGCUUCAAAGCUCCCGCGACCACAAUCUCCCGCGAGGGAUCUAAACAACCUUUGCAUCUUGUCCCAGUCGUGGAAAAUCAGUGCUCUCAUAUAUGGACGGCGUGUGCUCGACAUACUUACCAACGAAGUCUCCUCGCAGGAUGAGCCAGUGUGCGAGCUGAUUGGCUUGAUCGGUGCAUUGGAGGAUGAUGAGGUAUACAAGUGCAUAUUGUGGCCAAUCUUUGUUGCCGGUCUGGAAUGUCGAUGGCAAGCCCAGCGAGAUUUCCUCGUUGGCUGUUUGGAGAAGUUCUGGGCUGCCACCAAGUGUUUCAACACGAUCAACGCUUCCAAAAUCUUGCAGACAUACUGGCAACAAGAGGGUCAGCAAGAGCCGUUUUUGCCACAGUGGAUGUUCAAUAUUGGCUCUCUUGGCCGCGACUGGCUCCUCGUCUAG